AUGUAGAGAGGAAUCUGUAAGAGGCUUGUAUUGAUAUAACACCUGCACUCACCAGUACAUCUAUACAUACUGAAGCUGCACCUGUACAGCGUCAAAUAUAGGAACUAUAGGAGAAUAUCACCUUAAAGCUUCCACAGAGCGCUUGUCAUGGGAAAUGAAGUGAGCAGCUCCGAUGUUGAAGAGGACCAAGAUGGACACAUCAAAGAAAAUGCUGUGUUUGCAGCAGAGGUUAAGAAUGGACCAAUCACAUUACAGAGUUCACCAAUAGAAGUUACGUCAGGUACAAAUGAUGUUUCUGCAAAACAAACUAUUCAACAGGAAAAGGUGAUCACUUCUUCCCAGAAAACAAUAGUCAUAAGUCCAUUUUCAAAUGGAGCUGUCACCAACAUACAAACAAACCCACCACCUCCAGCGGCUAAGUCUAAAUUUAGCCUGGCUAUUUUACGACCAUCCCCCGGGCAAACUGCUUUCCUGUCCAAUGGCCUAGAUGUGGGCUCUGUGAAACCAGAGUUAACUUUGAUCCAAGACCAGACAGGCACAGCCAAUACCCCGCAAGUCGCAGUGACACAGGAGAACAUCAGUGGAGUUCAGAAUCCAGCAUCUUCCUCAUCACUGAUAACAGAGGAAGUGUCUUUAUCGCCAACAAAUACAAUUGAGGUGGAAAGUGCACCCCCAAAGCCUAAAGAAGUCAGCAUUUUUCAGAGGAUAUUUAAGCCAGACAAGAAGAUAGAAAUUGAGGCACCACUUCAGGUUGAGGUUCCAGAAAGUCAGGAUGUAAUGAUUACUAUGGACCAGAACGCAGGGUUACAGAGUGCCCAACAGAUCAGUAUUCCACAGACACAGAACAUAGAUGAUAACAAGCAAGCAGCUGUACAGGAGCAAAGCUUGGAGUCUGCAAGUGUGUCAGCCAGCCCGGAGACCAUAUCAGCAGCCAUACAGACCCCUGCACCAGAGAUUCACCCAGUCAUGAGUUUCUUUAAAACACUGGUCACUCCCAACAAGUCAGUUUCAAAAUCUGAAGAGGAGGUGACAGGCGAGGCUGAUGACAAGAAAAAAGAAAAUGGAAGACUCAGAAAAUCAUCUUCCAAAAAGGAGAAAACCAAGAGCACUGUGCAACAAACUGCAGAGACAUCGGAUAAGGGGCUGAGAAAGUCUGAGAGCCCCAAAUCUAGGACACUUAGCAGAUUGUUUAGGCAGAAGACAAAAAAGGAGGAACAACAGCCGAGUAGUAGCAACGUUGUCACAUUGCAGUCUGUUGUGUCUGUAAACUCAGAUAAUUCGGACCCAGAGCAGGUACUAAUUCAGGACCCUAUAUCCCCUGAUGUCCCAUCACAGAUUGCAGCCUCUGAGGAUGAUAGGAAAGCUGAUAAAGCACCAGCAACACGACCCAAGCCAUUUUGGAGAAAGUCUUUUAAGGCAGAUCCACAACCCAUUAAAAUCCAGGAGAAUGUAAGUUCAUUUGUUGCGGUAGAGCAGCCUGUUGUGUCUGUGUCUCUAAACUCUGAGCAGUCAGCCCCAGAACAGGUACUAAUACAGGAUACAACAGUAUCAGACUCUGAUGUACCAGCGCAGGAUAAUGGAAAACCUGUGAUAGAAGUUACCACACGGCCUGUGCCUUUCUGGAAAAAGUCUUUUAAAGGAGAACAACAGCUCCGAAAACCCCAAGAGAAUGUUGCGGUAGAGCAGCCUGUUGUGUCUGUGUCUCUAAACUCAGAGCAAUCAGUCCCAGAACAGGUACUAAUACAGGAUACAACACCAUCAGACUCUGAUGUACCACCGCAGGAUAAUGGAAAACCUGUGAUAGAAGUUACCACACGGCCUGUGCCUUUCUGGAAAAAGUCUUUUAAAGGAGAACAACAGUUCCGAAAACCGCAAGAGAAUGUUGCGGUACAGCAGCCUGUUGUGUCUGUGUCUCUAAACUCAGAGCAGUCAGUCCCAGAACAGGUACUAAUACAGGAUACAACACCAUCAGACUCUGAUGUACCACCGCAGGAUAAUGGAAAACCUGUGAUAGAAGUUACCACACGGCCUGUGCCUUUCUGGAAAAAGUCUUUUAAAGGGGAACAACAGCUCCGAAAACCCCAAGAGAAUGUUGCGGUAGAGCAGCCUGUUGUCUCCUUGUCUCUAAACUCAGAGCAGUCAGCCCCAGAACAGGUUUUAAUACAGGAUACAACACCAUCAGACUCUGACGUACCACAGCAGGAUAAUGGAAAACUCGUACAGGAAGUUUCUCCUUGGCCUGUGCCUUUUUGGAGAAAGUCUUCUAAAGCAGAGCCACAACUCAUUAAGAUCCAGGAGAAUUCCUUACCAGAAGAACCACAGCCUAUACAACUAACAGUGACUGCUUCAGCUGACCCAGGCCCGCACUCCAGCAAAGGUGAUAGCGCAUCCACCGGGAACAAAUCUCAGGAAUCAUCAGGCAAGAAAACAGAAGAUGGAAAAAACUCCAAACCUAAAUUAAUGAUGUUUUUCAAACAGCUGUCAGUGAUUGGUGAUGGAAGUAAUCCCAGUUCAGAGGCGGUUAACGAGAAAAGCACUAACUCACCAACACUGGACAUUACAGAUGGGGUGGAAGUCAGUAAAGGUGAGAAAACAGUGGUCACAGCUGUCGUAGAACCUCCACCACAGAAGGGGAAGGAGAACCUAAAGGAGAAGAAAGCAUCAGCAGAAAAACUAAAUAAACAAGAAAGUCGAGAGAGUCCGGAGACAGCCGGUUCUAUACAUUUCCAAGCUCCUGACGCAGUUUUUGUGCAGAAUGGAGGGGAGUCAUCUAAAGAUGGCCAGCUGAAGAAGGUUGAGAAGAGACAGUCCCUGGGAAGCUUCUUCAAAGCCAUUGGGCCAAAGCGCAUGUGUGAUGCUGAAGUCCAGACUGACCCGGUUUCUGUCUAUCCUGCAGAGAAAGCCAAGUAAAUAAGGGGACGCCAGGACAGAGCUGGCCCAUGUGGGUAAAUGGGCGGAUACCACUAAUGUAUAUUUCAGGUGUAAUUUGUACAGAGAUAUUUCAAUACAUUCCUCGUUGACACAAUGGGGGUAAUCCACAAAUCUCCAAUGUCACAGACCCCCAACGGAAGACACCUAAUGUUGUCGUUAUUCACUUAAAUUACAUGUUAGUCUGGAUUAUAGUGAGAUAUACAAGUCUUUCUCCCAAUUGUCUUUUUAGUAUCUUAUAAAUAAUGAAUUUACAGAAGGUGUGAGAAAGUUGUAAAGUUGUAAUGAUGAUUAGUGAAUGCAACAAAAUCGUACGUAUAACCUGAUAUUUGCAAUCCAUCUUAUAGACAGACUACUGUGUAUCACAAAACACUUGUAACUUGAAGAAAUAGUAAAUACAUAUUCAUAGGCAAAUCUAUGAACACUGGUGAAAAAGGAAACAGUGCUAUAAUGUAGAAGUAAUAAGAUUCUAGCUGUCAUUUUUGCAAUAACGUUUAUAAUCUUAUGCACCAGUUGUAUAAAUGGCACUGUUGGUGUCCUGUAACAGCUCACUUCAAGCCAUCCGUCAUUAUUCCUGCAGAUAAGGCAUGUAGAGAGAUAAGGCAUGUAGAGGUUGGCUUGGGCUGUACUUUGCAUGUGCUUGGCUGACCUAUCUGUCUGUCCGCAUCUACAUUAUCUGAUGAUUAAUGGAAUAAAAACACAGUCGCUUGACAAAUGAAGGUUGUAAAAUGAAACGAAGCUAGAAGCAGCUAAAAGUAUAUUUACUAUGCAAUUACAAGGAUAAACAUACAUACUGUAUAACAUUCCAAAACAAGCCCUAGUAUUUCAUUUUACCAGAUUGAGGUUUCUCAAAUUGAAAGCACAUAGAAAUCUAUACAGAUAAUGUUUCUCAGAUUAUUUUGAAAUUGUAAAAUGUCUGUGUUAUGUUGUGCAAGACUGUACAAAUAGAGGUUAGUGUGGCGUUCUUAAGCAACGCAUCUCUUAUAGAUAAAUACAGCAAGUCUUGACUGUCCUGCACUUCUUCUACCAAUGUUUAGUUUUCAGCAAAGUUUUUUUAUCAAAAUCGGUCAAAUUGUCCAAUGAAAAUGUUGCCUUACAUUUUAAAGGAAGUGUCUGCAGGUUACACUGGUCAUUAAUAAAUGAAACUGAAUGUUUUGAGUUAAAAUGAUGUCAUUUUGGCAGAAGCUUAUAUACAAUAUAUAUAUAUAUAUAUAUAUAUAUAUAUAUCAUACAUACAACAUGAUUGUUUUCUUUUUUUUAAGGCUUGGUAUGUUUUCUAGAGGAAAUUUGAAAACAUAACAGUAGAGGCUGACAUUAGUACAUGCCGUAUUACUGUACAAAAUAUCAAACCACAUUUUUUAUGAGUACAUUCAUUACUUAAUCAAAUAUAAGUUGCAGUUGUUUACAUACAUAAUGAACACUAACGACCCUAUAUUGGAUAAUUACCUGCUUUUGACGUAACCACAUAUUUUACCUGUUUUUUUAAAAAUGCCUGCAAUUUCCUUAAUGUAAUCCAAAUGAUGUUUGAUCCUCGGUUUAUUACAGAAUUUCAAAUAAAGUUUUAUCGGUGUACAGCAGUUAAAUAAAGUAAUUGUAUUCCUAA